CACCAUGGACACGUACUCGCUGCUGAGCACAGUGCCGUUGUUCGCUGACGUGAGUGAGCGCGUGCGCAGAUCCUACCACAGCCUGAAGCACGCGCACACCUCGCUGCGGCUCGGCCUGCAGCUCGCAGAGGUCUUCUUCCAGCUGCUACUCGUCUGCUCGCGGCCGCUCAUCAUACUCUGCCACUUCCCCAUAAUCAUCACGGAUCGGAUCCUCCACGAUCUCCUGGCCUUCCUAAUAAGAUGUUGUCCAGUUCUUAUGUGGCCCGCAUCUGACAUAUACGAAACCGUGAGAGGUUUCGUCCUCUCCAUCACGAUUGGUCGUGUGGUCGUGUUCUUCCUGAUAAUCAUAUCAUACAUCCUAUACGUUGUGAUCGAAUGCCUCAGGGUAUCUUUAAACUUCAUCCUAUUUUUCAUCUCGCCGCUCAGGACUGAGGAAGCCGAACCGUUCCAGGGGCUGCGGUUCACGCCCCCUCCCACCGACCCGCACUCGAGCAGAAACCCGCACGGACACGCCUACAGCCCGGUCGUGCCCUCGACUUCGUCCUCGGAUCCACCCACCGUCGUGCUGCCCGGGGCCCAGGCGGGCCCAGUCCGCGCCGGACAUGCAGUCACUCGAUAGCAGGUUUGAAUCCAAGACGGGGGCCCUGGUCCGCAGCUGUAAGGGUCGCGAGUCCUUCGUCCUCGUCAAAGACCAGUGAGGAGGGUGGUGCCCGUGGA